AUGUUAGCUUCUUCAAAUUGGCAAAAGAUCAAAUAUAAAAUUGCACAUGAGGGUACAUUAAAUAAGGGUAAACGGAAACGUGAAGAGUCAAUACCGGUACAUAAAUCUAUUAAACGUUCAAAAUCAAGAAAAGCUACGUCUAGUGAGGAAUCAUCUAUCAAUAAAUUAUGGUUUGAUAAUAUUAAACAAGGUCUCGAUGAUUCUUUAAAAAAUGAAAAAUUAAAAGAUCAUGCCAAAAUUGGAAAAUAUGUAUCAAUCGACUGCGAAAUGGUUGGUGUUGGCCCUGAAGGAAAAACGCCUUCGUUGAAACGUUUGGCACAAGAGGAGUUGGGUAUGGCUAUUCAAGAAGGAAAGCAUUCAUCGAAUGAUGUUAUACAACAUACUAAUGUUUAUGCUAUUGAACAAGGGUUUGCAACAAGACUUGACUGUACAGAGAAAAACUUGAGUAUCAUUAUUAGAGCAGAAAUUGUUAGUUGUCAUACUGCAGAAUAUUAUAUAAAAUAUGUUAACCUUGAGCAUAAUCACCUGAUGGAUACUGCUGUGGCUGUUUUUGAUUCUAGUUAUUGCAAAUUAAGCAAUAGUAAAAAUAAUCAAAUGCUAAUGCUUUAUAAUAGUAGAAUAUCAGUAUUAAUAAUUAUUAAAAUAUUAAAUGAAGAGUAUAAGAGAUACAUUCAUAAUAAGGAUAUGUAUAAUUCAUUAAAUCAUCAGUCUUAUAAUCAUGUUAAAGGUUUAUCUAAAAUAUCACAACUCUUAA